AAUUCUUCUGAGAGCCACAAUUGUGCCAAAAGCAUCUUGACCUCAGACAGGCUGCAGAUAGUUGUGACCCUUUCGGAGUUCUUUAACGAAACCUGGGAGGCAGCCAACUGUGCAAAUUGUUUAAAGAACAGCAGUGAGGGAUUAUCAAAUUCUACUGUAGAAUUCCUGGAUUUAUUCAAUAAAUCUCUGACAUGUUUUGAACAUAACCUUCAGGGACAAACCAUCUAUCUGUCACCAAAUAACUACACAGAAGUAUGUAAAAACUGCAACGAAACCUACAAAAUGCUGAAUGACCUGUAUAACAACUUGCAAAGGAUGAACAGGCAAGGUGGUGAGUCUGGGCACUCCACACACUUGUGUAUCGACGUGGAAGAUGCAAUGAACAUCACUCGGAAGCUUUGGAGCAGGACUUUCAACUGUUCUGUUCCCUGCAGUGAUACAGUCCCAGUGAUUGCAGUUUCAUCCUUUAUUCUCUUCCUACCUAUUGUUUUUUACCUUAGUAGCUUCCUUCACUCGAAGCAGAAGAAACGGAUACUCAUUUUGCCCAAGCGCAUCCAGUCAAAUGCCAGUCUUGUGAACAUCCAAGAAAAAUACAGCUGAGCUGCAAAACAAAACCUGAGAACUGCUGCUGGUAUACAGUGGAUACAAUUGUGUUGGAAUGAGGCCGGCACAAAAGAGGAGUUAAUUAUGGUUUAGUGUAAUGAUACAGAGCAACACAAGUUAAACAAAAUGCUGUCUGACUUCUAAGCGAGGAUAUUAUCAAACAUGACAAGGCAGGGCUGUGUGACACUGUAUGGACUCUAGUUUUGAAAAAUAUGUGGGUUUUUUCAGUCUCAGGCUGAAGCUGGUGUUUUUCUGUUUCUAAGCUUUUGUACUUCUCAUCAAUAGAAUAGCUACACUUUCCUGGCAUGUUUUUUUCCUCUUUAAUUUAUCGUAUUUGUUUCAGAGAAACCUGAGAUUCUGAAUCUUUUUGAGGUGAUUUUCAUAGACGGACAAAACUUGAUGUAAUAUUUGAUGUUUAAUUCCACAUAAUAUUCAGUUUUGCUAGACUUGGGAUGGACAGGAAACCUUUAAAAAGAAAAGUUCCCAUCUUUCUGAUACCUCUCUCUAAAGUCAUGCUGCUG